UAUUCUACUGUACAUAAAUGCUUUGCAGUUGAUUGCCGGGAAAUUAUUUCAGAAACACAUCUGCAGCUCAGUAUAGCAAGGAGCUGGUGUUAAUUACUAUCUUAGAGAAUGCCGUGAUUGGAAGGCCACACUAAAAGGCUUUUUUCCCGCCUAUCAUGGAUGCACGUUGGUGGGUGCUGUGUUGUUGCGGGAUAAUGAGCUAUGUCAACGAUUUCUAUGGGGACGAACCGAGCGUGCUGGUCCAACGAUUAACCGGCACCGCGGAGGCUUGUGACGACGGGAGCGAUACUUGCGUCAACUUGGAUGUACAGCAGUUCAAUAUGCUAUUUUCGGCAUCCUCUUGGGCGUCCGCCGGCGCAUCGGUCGUUGUCGGCAUCGUGGUCGACAAGUACGGCUGCAAGGAGGCGCUGUGGGUUACCGGCGGAUGUCUCGUGCUUGGAUCGUUGUUUUUCGUCUGCAGCACAUAUUUAACCAGCACGUACUACACCUACGUCCUGGCGAUUCUCGGCCGUAUUCUCUACGGAUUAGGCAACGGCGCCACCGACGUCAUUACACACCGCAUCAAAUCCUCGUGGUUCCUGUAUAAGGAAUUAGCCCUGGCCUUCGCCAUCCACAUUAUGUGCGGCCGCUUCGGGGAUGCCACGGUGUUCUUCGUCAUCGGCACCCUGGUGGAUAUUAUCGGCAUGCAGGCCUGUCUGUGGUUGGGCUUCGGUCUCACGGUGGUGUGUGCCGGGGCGGCAGUGGUGUUAUCGUUCUGGAACGAACAGUCGGCGGCGAUGCCGGUGCCGGUUAAUGUUGAUCUGGACGCGGAGAUCCGGCAUGUUACGGUGCAGUUUGUUGGGAGCUUGGACGGGGUAUUCCUGUGCUUGGUUUUCAUAGUUUUUUUGUACUAUGGGACCAUUUCGGCAUUUAUUGGCAAUGGACCGAAUUUUAUUUCCGACACUUGUGGCUACUCGGAGGCCCUCUCCAGUUACGUCAUCGGCCUGAUCUACCUCAUCUCCCCACUCCAACUCCUUUUCGGCACGCUCACCGACCGCUACGGCCACCGCGGCUACUGGCUCCUAACCAGCGCCUCCUGUCUCGUCCUCUUCUUUUCCCUGCAACUGGCCGUGUCCCACCUCCCGCCUUGGCUGCUGACCGUCGGCAUCGGCGUCGGCUUCAACAUCUUCAGCCCAACCUUCUGGUCCAGCGUCCCGCUGAUCGUCCAGCCGGCGUUCCUAGGCACCGCCAUCGGCUGCCUGAAAUUCUUCCAUUUUGCCGGCACCGGCACGAUGACCGCUGUAGCCGGCGUUAUUUUAAACACCGGCGACGCGGACGUCGUCCCGUGGUGGCGGUUAUUUGAACUGUUAAUAACAACCAGUAGCGUGUGUUUGUUGAGUACGGUGGCGCUGGCCGUGAUGAACGCGCGGACCGGGCACCGGUUGACCCCGUCCCAACGGGAACGCGAUGCCGGUCUGCAGCGCGGCGGUGUAUGCGAACUGAUGGCGUCAAGCCACACCCGGUGGUGGGUGCUGGCCUGCUGCUGCAUUACGGACUUUUUGGCCGAUCUAUACGUGGACGCGCCGAGUGUUCUUGUGCAGCGGCUAACCGGCACUUCAGCGUCCUGCAGCAGCAACGGGACGGAUCAGCACUGUGUGCAGCUGGACGUUAAGCAGUUCAAUCUGCUCUUCUCCAUCGGCGCCUGGGCGUCCUCCGUGACGUCGGUGGCGGUGGGAUUCGGGAUCGAUCGGUAUGGAUGCCGGGUGGCGGUGUGGAUCUGUGUGGGCUGCAUGGUCACCGGAGCGCUAUUAUUCCCUUUGGCCACGUACUGCACAACGACACGGGCCACCUUCGCCUUGAUGGUGACCUCGCAAUUAAUCUACGGACUGGGUGAUGGCGCCCUGGACGUCAUCCUCAGCACCAUCAUCGCCAGCUGGUUUUUAUACAAGGAACUGGGCCUGGCCUAUUCCUUCUACACUCUCUCUGGGCGGUUGGGCAGUGCCGUCGUCUUCUACCUGGUCGGGGCGCUGGUAGUUGCCGCCGGGCUGCGGGCGUGCCAAUGGUUCCUGUUCGGUGUUAUCGCACUGGCCGGAUUGUCGGCGGUGGUGUUAUCCAUCCUGCAUGGAAGACACGAGGAAAAGGUCACGGUGGGGGUGCCGCGGGCUGAACCGCGGUGGACCCGAUGGUGGACACCGACCGGGUUGCGGGAGUUGUUCCGCGGGUUGGAUGGGAUAUUCUGGUGUUUUGUCUUGAUGACGUUCCUGUAUUAUGGAUCGAUUUCCACGUUCACCGCCAAUGGACCGAAUUUCAUAUCGCAAGCCUAUGGCUACUCGGAAUCGCAGUCCAGCUACAUCGUCGGCAUCAUCUACGACAUCUCCAUCCUCUGCCUCCUAGUCGGCUGGCUCACGGACCGUUUCGGCUACCGUGACCUUUGGCUAUUAUCCAGCACCACGCUCCUCUUCCUGGCCUUCUUCUUGGAAACCCUCAUCCACACCUUCCCGGCUUGGCUAUUAACCACCCUCAUCGGACUGGCCUACACCAUCUUCGGGCCCACCCUGUGGGCCUGUGUCCCGCUGAUCGUCCCCAGCGACACAGUGGGCUCGGCGCUGGGCAUCCUCAAGUUCUUCCACUACACAGGGAUCGGGGCAUUGACGGCCAUUGCCAGUUCCUUGCUGAACACGGAUAAUCCCCGCCAUGUCCCCUGGGAGAUGCUAUUUAUUAUGCUGACGGUGACGUCGGCGGUGUGUGUGGUCCUGAAUGUGGCGGUGUGCGGACUGAAUAUCAGGACGGGGAAACGGUUGACCCCGUCACAGCGCGAACGGGCGGUGGGGGUUAGCGAGGAGGUGGUGCCGCUCUGCAGCGAUCAGGAGCUGGUCUAUGGAUCUCAAAAGGAUGGGGAGAAAGUGGGACAUGUCAAUGUGAAUGACUGGUGAUGGAUUUUAUACUAUUUAUGCUGAAUGAUUUUCUGCUAUUUAAUUUGGCAUCGCUGUCUGUUCCGCUUUCUGGUAUUUUUAAUCGUCUGUACGCAUUUAGAAAACUUCAGCUCAUUCUUCGUAAAUUAAAACGUUCAUUAAAAAUUCAACGAAGACAGAUAAAGGUAUGUAAAUGCAAGCAGGCAUUUGACAUACAAUUAAAACGGGGUAAGGCAUCGUAUUAGUAUACACUGUACUACUCGUAAAAAUGUCCUUGUUAUUGGACCGGUUUGACCUCCACGACGAUAUCGGCUUUGUGGGUUGUG